UCUUCUCACUCACUGCUCAAAGAACCUUCCCUCUGCUCUCCCCAUACUCUUCUGUUCCGCUUUAAGGAUGUCUCACUCCUUAGGAUUGUUUGUGGGUCUUAUGUUGGUUGUGGGGGUGGCUUCCACCUCCAACUUCGAUCAACUUUUCCAACCAAGUUGGGCUUUUGAUCACUUCGUUCAUGAAGGAAAUCUCCUCAAACUCAAACUUGACAAUUAUUCUGGGGCUGGUUUUGGAUCCAAAAGCAAGUAUAUGUUUGGGAAAGUGACCAUCCAGCUUAAGCUUGUGGAAGGUGAUUCUGCGGGGACUGUCACUGCUUUCUAUAUGUCCUCGGAGGGGCCAAACCACAAUGAGUUUGAUUUUGAGUUUCUGGGCAACACCACAGGGGAACCAUACUCAGUCCAAACAAACGUGUAUGUGAACGGAGUGGGCAACAGAGAACAAAGGCUUAACCUUUGGUUCGACCCUACCAAGGAUUUCCAUUCAUACACUAUCUUCUGGAAUCAACGACAAGUUGUGUUUUUGGUGGAUGAAACGCCGAUAAGAGUACACACAAACAUGGAGCACAAGGGUAUUCCUUAUCCGAAAGAUCAGCCCAUGGGUGUGUACAGUUCUAUAUGGAAUGCUGACAAUUGGGCCACCCAGGGUGGUCGUGUGAAGACGGAUUGGAGCCACGCACCCUUCUUUGUCACCUUCAAGAACUUUGAGAUCAAUGCUUGUGAAUGCCCUGUGGCAGUGGCUGCAAUGGAUAACUCUAAACGCUGUAGCAGCAGUGAGGGUAAGAAGUAUUGGUGGGAUGAGCCAAAUUUGGCUGAACUCAACGUGCACCAGAGCCAUCAGCUGAAGUGGGUUAGAGCCAGACACAUCUUCUAUGACUAUUGCUCUGACACUGCUAGGUUCCCAGUCACGCCAGCUGAGUGUGUUCAUCACCGUCACAACUGAGAUAAUAGAUAGAAAGAUAGAUAUGCUUUAUUUUGCUAUGAUUAAGUGGAGUCAUGAUGAAAAUAGGAUUGUGGGGGAUAGAAGACAAAAUGGGGUGGAGUAAAAAGUUGUGGAACAUGCCCUUAAUGUUUCUGGUUGUAAUAUAUUGCCACAGCAUAAUGUGAAUUAUCAGUUUCUUUUCUUGUACAAU